UCAUUUUAUUCUAUCCAUGUAUAGAACAACAAGCAUCAUCAAGAAGCCGUUCCAACAUUUUAUCAACAUCAGAACAUCAAACUAAACUCAACCAAACCAAAAUGGCAGCUCUGCCUCACCAGCUUGCCGGCGCAUGCUUGACAUGCCCAUCUCUCUCCUCCACACGUGUGUCGAGAAAAACAUGGGCCCACAACAAGCACUCCCAAAAGUCCUACGUUGUCAGAGCUGCAGUGACAGCCCCUGGUGUGGGAGUUUCCACUGCAGAGACAAGAGAGCGAGCUCGGCUCAAAGAGAUGUUCGAAGAGGCUUAUGAGAGGUGUCGGACGGCUCCUAUGCAAGGGGUUGCGUUUAAUGUGGAGGAUUUUCACACGGCCAUUCAGGAGUAUGACUUCAACUCUGAGAUUGGCACUAAGGUCACUGGAACUGUAUUUAAUACAGACGCAAAUGGAGCACUAGUCGACAUAACUGCUAAAUCGUCAGCAUACCUGCCUACUAGGGAAGUCUGCAUCUACGAUGUAAAGCAUGUGAAAGAUGCUGGAAUAGUAAAUGGUCUGCGUGAGGAGUUUAUAAUUAUCGGUGAGAAUUCAAAUGAUGAUAGUUUGAUCUUGAGCUUACGGUCCAUUCAGUAUGACCUUGCAUGGGAAAGAUGUAGACAGCUUCAAGCUGAAGAUGUUGUUGUCAAGGGUAAGGUUGUUGGUGCUAACAAAGGUGGAGUUGUGGCUUUAGUCGAGGGCCUUCGCGGAUUUGUACCCUUCUCCCAAAUAUCAACGAAAUCACCUGCAGAAGAGCUUAUUGACAAGGAUAUUCCAUUAAAGUUUGUUGAGGUAGAUGAGGAACAAUCUAGGCUUGUUCUCAGUAACCGAAAGGCCAUGGCAGACAGCCAAGCCCAACUCGGAAUUGGAUCAGUCCUCAUUGGAACUGUGCAGAGUUUGAAGCCCUAUGGUGCCUUUAUAGAUAUUGGUGGAAUCAAUGGGCUUCUUCAUGUUAGUCAGAUCAGUCAUGACCGUGUCUCGGAUAUAGCAACAGUCCUUCAGCCUGGUGACGCUCUCAAGGUUAUGAUACUAAGCCAUGACCGAGAAAGAGGCCGAGUCAGUCUUUCUACCAAAAAAUUAGAACCUACUCCUGGAGACAUGAUUCGCAAUCCUAAGCUGGUUUUUGAGAAGGCAGAGGAGAUGGCACAGACAUUCAGGCAGAGAAUCGCUCAAGCUGAAGCCAUGGCCCGUGCUGACAUGCUUAGAUUUCAGCCUGAGAGUGGAUUGACUCUCAGCUCCGACGGAAUCCUGGGUCCACUGUCUUCGGACUUGCCUCCAGAGGGUCUGGAUUUAGGAGGUGAUAUUUCUCCAGCUGAGGAUUAAAGGACCCCAGAUUAAAUGUCAGUUCAACUCUCCAGUAUCAUGGAUCCUUCAGAGAAAACACUAGAUCAAUCAUCUAUGCAUAAUUUUGUAAAAUUUACAUGGAAGUAACAUCUGUUGUAUUAUGUAUAAGUUUAAACUAAUUAUUAAAUAUUACGAGCAUAUAAAUAUAAGAUCUUAAUGAUAUCAAA